GAGUAAAUCAAGAGGGAGGGAUUCAAAGAUUUUGUGAGCCAUGAAUAUGGUUAAUUGACCAUAGUGAGAGUGCCCUUAUUACCAAAAAAAAAAAAAAAAAAGAAAAAAAAAAUUUCCAACUUGCCUAACCAUGCACAUUUCUUUUGUGUACAUAAAGCCUACCUUUACUGUUCAUUUCGUUUAUUACUUAGUAACAUUACUUCUCUCUCUUCCUCCCUCUCCCUCUCUCUCUCUCUCUCUGUGUCUGUGUCUGUGUCUCUCUCUCUCUAAAACUCCACUGUUGUAACGAUGAGGGACUUUGUUCUCCGGCAUUGACUCGUCGUUGGAGGUCGUCACUCAGUUUCUUUCAGGAAGAACAGAUGGUUCGUUCUUGGCUAUCUAUUGGGUGAUUUGAUGAAUUGGAGUGAUGAUUUGAUUUACGAGUACAGGGAAAAGUUCAGAUAAGUGGAAAAUUUCUAUAGAAAUUUUUCAUUGUUUUUACAUCAAAUUGGAGUGAUGAAUUUGGGGAAGGGAUUUUCGGUUCCCUGGGAGAAAGGGAUGAAGCAGAAUGGGGAGAUUUGGAUUCCGGCAACGCCAGAGAAGCCGGUUUUGCAGAGAGGAAAUAGUGCAGAAUCUAAAAUGCCAGCGUCUCAGAGAGGGGAAGGGAAUUGGCAGGAUUUGCUGGGAAUUUACACUGGGCUUUUACAGAAUGAGGCGGCUAGUGAGCGGCCUCAAAAGUUCAAUCCAAAUGUCGUUCUAAGUCCUAAUGGCAGGGAAUGUAGCGUUCAAGGUGUUGCUCCAGGCGAGACGUAUAACUGGCUGCAGCAGAAUUACAAUCCGACUGGGGUCAUUCCAGUGAGCACCAGAGUCCAGAGUAGUCGAGAUGUUGUUCCUGUUGGGAACUAUAACCGGCUGCCUUGGAAUUUUAACCCCAGUGACCGUUUAGGUAUAAACAUCAUGGAUCGUAACAUUCAAGAUGUUAGAACAUUGCAGAAUUCGAGAAGUUUGAACCAAAAUGCUGGAGGUGUUGGGUCAAGCGUGCAGAAUGUAGGUGAAGCCAUCCCUCCUCAGAAAGUUAAUUCUUUAGCAGAAUUGAUGGGCAUGAGGAGUGCUACUCGUGCACCGCUACCGAAUCUAGCACCAAACGGGAGCACUUACGUCGUGGGCAGACCAACUAGUAUUUGUCUACAUUCGCAAGGUGAAAGGAACCAGAUGGCUUACACAUUGGUUGGUGGAAAACACCAGCAAAAUCACGUCUUGCAUGCAAUCGGUGACGGUGAUGGUUACAACCUACACGAAAUGCCAAAUAGUAGACUUGCAGUCCCUUGCUGGCCCGACUAUAACAUAAAUGUACGUCCAAGAUUGGAAGCAGGGGAAUCCUCAAGUGCCCCAAGGCCAUUCCCAUUGGGGCCAGUAACGCCAGAUCAGCAAAAGCAGCCAAAGAAUUACCACAUCAUUCAAGUACCAAGUUUGUUGAUAGAUGAAACCUCAACUCAGGGCAAAGAUAAGCAAGAAACUGCUGUCUUGUCUGCACAACCUCAAAUUCUCGAGAGCCAAUGUAAUGAAUUCUCACUCAACACUUUGGAUAAGCCAACUGGAGCAGUUUUGACGCCACCAAAGGAAAAGAACAAUGCUGGUGGUGAAAAUGGAGGAAUUGAUCUCAACGAGACACCACAACAAAAAACACCCAAGAGAAGGAAACAUCGGCCAAAGGUAGUGGUUGAAGGUAAACCGAAAAGGACUCCCAAGCCUGCUGCUAAAAAAAGCAGCACUCCUAAUGAAAAUCCUACUACAAAAAGAAAGUAUGAGAGGAGAAAUGGCAGUAAAACCUCAACAAGCCCAUCGACUGAUGCAGUAAAUGUGGUUGAAGCAUCCAAUAUGGAACCUGCCAAGAGAUCAUGCAAAAGGGUGUUAAACUUUGACUUAGAUACUGGAGAACAAAAGAAAAGCCAGGGAAGAGAAUUUGACUACCAAGCACAGGACAAUGAAGGGUGUAAGCUUCCUUUUAAUUUGAAUUUGGAUUCUGAUAUAGCAGAGAGGUCUAAAGAAUUAAGCGAGCCAUCGGCAUCCACACCAAAGGUACGGCAGCAAAAGAUAUGUGGAAAAGAGAUACAAUGGAUAGAGACUGCACAUGAUUUUGUCCCCUCAAAUAACAUCCCUCCCCUAGAAUCCACACCAGUGGCAACUACAGCAUCGCCACCACUGACAUCUACUCUGAAUAUCAUUGCCAGGAGUUUGAAUGUCAGAAAUGCUAGUAUAAAUCAAAGUAGUGGCAGUAAUAGGUACAGUCAGGUUCAUAAUCCCAUCAGUGGAGGCCUUGCCCAGCUUGUCAUUCAAGCAAAUACCAUAGCACCAAACUUAGAAUGUAGAAGACAACCAGUAACUCAGAGUACACCUCAUAUUCUGGAGGAUUUGGUGAACGUUACUGAGCAUAAAGGAUCCAAGAGAGAGCACAGCCAUCCUGAGCUGAGACAGCCCCAUGCUAUCACCCUCAUGGGUUCUCAAUUGUGGUCCCACGGAGUCUCUGCAACAGACAAUUGUGACAGAGAUAGCAGCAAAUUAUUGCAGAACAGUUUUGAAACAGGCAAGAAAAAGAAGAUUGACGAAAAAUUUCAUGGAACCUCGUCCAGCAUGCCUUCUGGCAUUACAGCUGUUGAUAAUUUCUCAGGACAAAUUGAAAGCAGGAGUAUGAUUUUCCCUGCACAAAACUCCAGAAUGCACCAGAACAGUGGGUUAACAGAUUCUAAUAGUAAUGAACUGAGCAACUGCAGACAUUCGAAUGAUAAACUGAACAUGGUCACUUGUGAUUGGUAUACGACCUACCCAGAUUUCAGGCAUAAGUUUCAGCAGCAACCUGCUUCAUCUCAAGUGCAUUUAUGUGCAGAACAAAUGGCACAGAAUACAUCCAACCUUGCUAAAAAGAAAAGCACUGACUCCCUCACUGCAGUUACUAACUGGAAUCUGGAGUCUGCAUCACAACAACACCCUAAAUCCAUUCCACCAAAUGAAAUUAUAAAUGCGCCUGAUCGUGUUGCAGUCAAGAGACGGACUGCUGGACAGACAUCAUCCAAAAAAUUGCUGAUUACAGAUAAAUGUCUUCAGCAAGAGUCCAAGAACUUGAGAAGUUAUGGGCAUUCCUCCAAGAAAGUCACAGGGUCAGAUGAAGAAAACAGAACUUUAUCAUACAUUGAUGAUAUUGCCGACCGCAUGAAAGAUUUGUGCAUCAAUGAUAAAGGCAAGGGAAUAGAAAGGAAAGAGCAAACUGCACUUGUUCCAUACAGAGGAGAUGGUGCCAUUGUUCCAUUUGAGGAAUUUGAUCCAGUCAAAAAAAAGAAACCACGGCCUAGAGUGGACCUUGAUCCGGAGACAAAUAGGCUGUGGAACCUUUUAAUGGGUAAGGAAGGAAGUGCAAGUGCAGAAACAAUGGAAACUGAUAAACAAAAAUGGUGGGAAGAAGAAAGAAAAGUCUUCCGGGGUCGAGUCGACUCAUUCAUCGCACGAAUGCAUCUAGUUCAAGGGGACAGGCGAUUCUCCAAGUGGAAAGGAUCAGUUGUUGACUCAGUGAUAGGAGUAUUUCUCACACAAAAUGUUUCAGAUCAUCUUUCAAGCUCUGCUUUUAUGUCUCUUGCAGCCAAGUUCCCUCUCAAAUCAAAAACUGUGAGACAACCAUGCUGUGAAAAUGGGGAAAGUCCAUCAGUUGAAUGCCAUGAGGUUCGCAUAACAUAUCCAGAUGGAACAACUUAUGAUCACAGAAUUUUAAGACAACCAUCAUACAACCAAAGCUCAGUGACAUCCACUGAAUCAUCUGAAUACAGGGGAGAAAAUGUCAUGACAGAAAAAAGAACCUCCAUAAUAAGCGACCAUACUAGGAGAACAGAGGAAGAGAUUAUUUCAUCACAAAGUUCUUCAGAGUCUUUUAUUUUUCAAGCAUCUGAAGAUAUCAGAUCAAGCUCAGGAUCAAACUCAGAGGCAGAAGAUGGGUGGAAUUUCAGCAAAAACCUUGGUUAUCUAAGUGUUUCUGAACACACUGACAGAAUUGCUGCAUUGCAGCAAUCUCAGUUUCAGUUCAUGGGAAGUUUAUUCCCAGAUAAGAGGCCUUUGAUUGGUCAUCAGCAAUUAGAAAAUCCAGUAUACAGGCAAAAUCCAGGACCAGCCAACAGCAGCAAUGGACAUUCUUAUCCAUCCAUUUCCAAAGUCCCUCAUCAUCAGAGCUCAGUACCCUCAUCCUCCACUAAUUCCUGGCUGAGCCUGGAAAAAUGGGAAGCAGAUGUUCUUGCAUUCUCGGGAAAGGAAAGCAUAUCUUCUUUGGUUUCAACAGACUUUGAUAUUAGCAAUAGAGUAGGUGUGGAAUGCAGAAACAACAACAUAGGACAGAGCCCAAAUAUUACUUUUACAGCCAUACAAGAUGGAAGAGCAAAACUUCAGCCAUCAGCAAUGAAUCAUGCAAUUCCAAACAAAAACCUUGAACUGCAAACUGAUUUUAUAGAUGUGUCUCAGAAUGGAAAUGGCCAACAUUCCAUCAAUCAUAAGCAAGGAAAACAAGAGGACUUUCACAAGGAUAGUGUGUUUCGGAUGGACCCCACAGGACCUGGUGAAGCAUCUACACAACCAAGUGAUACCUGGAAACACGAUGACAGAAGACUUGAACCAACUGAAGUGGGACAAGUGGAUUCUUCCGGCGGACCAUCCGUUAAGGUCAGCCCCACAACCCCAAAUGCAAGAAAGAGAAAGGCUGAGAAGGAGAAGGCAGAACCAUUUAAUUGGGAUACCUUGAGAAAGCAGGUGCAACCGAAAGCUGGAACAAUUGGAAGAAGCAGGGAGGCAAUGGACUCCCUAGAUUAUGAAGCAUUACGAAAUGCUGAUGUCCGUGAGAUCUCUGAUACAAUCAAAGAGAGGGGAAUGAAUAAUAUGCUAGCAGAGCGAAUGAAAGAUUUCCUCAAUCGUAUAGUUCAAGAUCAUGAAAGAAUUGAUCUAGAAUGGUUGAGAGAUGUCCCACCGGACAAAUCCAAGGAUUAUCUAUUGAGCAUACGAGGGCUAGGGCUAAAGAGCGUGGAGUGUGUACGCCUUUUAACUCUUCAUCAUCUUGCUUUCCCGGUUGACACAAAUGUUGGGCGCAUUGCUGUUCGACUUGGAUGGGUUCCUCUACAACCCCUCCCUGAGUCACUCCAGCUGCAUCUCCUUGAACUUUAUCCAGUGCUGGAAUCAAUCCAGAAAUAUCUUUGGCCCAGGCUCUGCAAGCUGGAUCAGGAAACAUUGUAUGAGCUACACUACCAAAUGAUUACUUUCGGAAAGGUUUUCUGCACAAAGAGAGAGCCAAACUGCAAUGCAUGUCCAAUGAGAGGAGAAUGCCGACAUUUUGCAAGUGCUUUUGCAAGUGCAAGACUUGCUCUUCCAGGGCCAGAAGGGAGACAAAUGACCAGUUCAGCUUCCCAAUAUAGUGCAAGGAAAAGCUCUGAAGUAGUAAUAAAGCCUAUCGCACUACCUGCGUCCGAGGAUAACAUAGAGAGGGGAACGGGGUUGACAAGAAAUUCUGAACCACUCAUUGAGGAACCAACAACCCCAGAGCCACCCACAGAAGUGUCAGAAAAAGACAUGGAGGAUGCAUUCUAUGAGGAUCCAGAUGAAAUUCCUGUCAUAAAGCUCAAUGUAGAAGAAUUCACAACAAACUUGCAGAGCUUUAUGCAAGAGCAGAUGGAAGUGGGAGAAGGUGAUAUGUCAAAAGCCCUAGUUGCUUUGAGUCCAGAACUUGCUUCUAUACCAAUGCCCAAACUAAAGCACGUCAGUCGACUGCGGACAGAGCAUCAAGUGUACGAACUCCCAGACUCACAUCCGCUACUGAAAGGGAUGGACAGACGAGAACCCGACGAUCCAAGUCCGUACCUUCUGGCUAUAUGGACUCCAGGUGAGACAGCAGAUUCAGUCCAACCUCCAGAAAUUAAAUGCAGCUUUCAGGAAGGAGGCGGCCUGUGCAACAAGAAAACAUGCUUUUCAUGCAAUAGCACAAGAGAAGCACAGGCUCAAACAGUCAGAGGCACAAUUCUGAUACCUUGCAGAACAGCAAUGAGAGGCAGUUUUCCUCUUAAUGGCACAUAUUUCCAGGUCAAUGAGGUAUUUGCGGAUCACGAAUCCAGUUUGAACCCUAUCGAUGUGCCGAGAAGUUUGAUAUGGAACCUGCCAAGAAGAACUGUAUUUUUUGGCACUUCUGUCUCAACAAUUUUCAAAGGCAUGUCAACUGAAGAUAUCCAGUACUGCUUCUGGAAAGGGUUCGUAUGUGUCAGAGGAUUUGACCAGAAAACUCGAGCACCGCGACCUCUAAAGGCCAGGUUGCAUUUACCUGCAAGUAAGAUGGCAAAGCAAAACGAGUAAAGAUGAAGUAAUGCUACUGGUAAGGUUGCUAAUUCAAAUAGCAACCAGCAUCUCCAGGAAGAAAAGAAGAUGCAGAAGUAGGAUAACUGUAGACAGCUAACAAUUUUUUUAGAUCCAUUUGUUCCUCCUCUUCCCAUGAGUUGCAGGUAACCUGUUCUUUGAGCAGCUUUAUGUACAUUUUUUUAUAUCAAAUAAGUUUUCUACUGCUCAAAGUACGGGUUGUUCAUAGAAAGGAGUUGCAUGUACAUCGUACAUUCCCAAUUUUUCAUAUUUCUUUUUUUUUUUUUUUCCCUCCAAUUUAUGCUCACAAAGUGAGCCAUUUUUCAAUGAUACCAAUGUUAAAGGGGAAGGGGAAUAAAAGAAUGUAAUCUACAGUUA